CACGAAUUGAGACUCACUAGAUCAUCAAUUCCUCAAGCACUCCGCGCCUCAUCCACGACCUCAAUGGUCGCCCGUCGAGGCUUCCACUCCACCAGAGCUCAGCUCAGUUCUCCAUACCAUUACCCAGAAGGCCCACGUAGCAACAUUCCGUUCAAUCCCUUGACGAAGUGGUUUGCAUUGAGAUACUGGACAUUCAUGGCUGUUGGAUUCGGUGCACCUUUCGGCGUCGCUGUUUGGCAGACAUACAAGAAUCAAUAGAGGAAGGGAUGUACAGCAAUGGGACGAGUGUAUGGUUAUAGAAGUCGCAGGGGUACCAUGGGACAGAAUUGAAAUUCUAUCGUC